CAAAAAGUUACCCAGUCCUUUACAACUUCAGCCAUAUUUUAUAGCUCUGCAAUUUAACAAAGAAAGGGAAUCUUUUUAGCUUUUUCUUCCUCGAAAAAUUAUUGAUGAUGGGUGGACAGACUGAGGAUUGAGUACGGCAGCAGCAUGUGCAGCGACUCGGUUUCGGGCUCGGACUCGGACACUGGCUCAAACGGGUGGACAAAGGCCCGUGGUGUGGUACUGAAAACGUUGGUCUUAGUCGGCGGCGCGUUGUUGCUGAAGCGUCUCACCAAGUCCACCACUCGCUGGGACCACACGCGCAUCGUCGCUGACUCACUCGCCGGCGAGAAGUUUUCGGGAGAACAAGCUGCGAGGGACCCGGACAAUUAUUUCAAUUUAAGAUGGCUUUCAUGCCCGGCAGCAGAAAUGGUGGAUGGUUCCAGGGUUUUGUACUUCGAGCAGGCAUUCUGGAGGACUCCUCGCAAACCAUUUAGGCAGAGAUUUGUCAUGGUAAAGCCUUGUUCAAAGGAGAUGAAAUGUGAUGUUGAGCUUAGUACCUAUGCAAUCCGGGAUUCGGAGGAAUACAAGAACUUCUGUGAUCGACCGAAGGACCAAAGGCCACAGCCUGAAGAAGUAAUUGGGGACAUUGCAGAGCAUUUGACCACCAUUUACCUCAAACGAUGUGAUCGAGGCAAACGCUGUUUGUAUGAAGGCUCGACUCCUCCAGAUGGAUUUCCUAAUACAUGGAAUGGAGCAUCAAUUUGUAAAUCUGAACUCACAGUUUUGAAGAAUAGCGAAAUACACACAUGGGACAGAGGUUAUGAUGAGAAUGGGAAUCAAGUUAGUUUCAACCAAAAUUUAUUUUNCGAGUUACAGCAAUCCAUUUUCGCCAUUAACUUUUCGACCUGA